GAAAUAUGUGUCCAUAUCCGUACCGUCUUGUUGAGAGGAUCAUUGGAUCAACCCUCCACAGCUCCUCCCUCGUGCCUCAGCUUUCUUUGGACACAGACUAACCAACCAAUCCAGCAGUCACUUACAACCCGUCUUAUCCAACCCAUUCCAAUUCAAGAUGGGUUCUCAAGGGCCGAGCACCCGCUUCCGUAAGGUUCAGUCCUUCCAGACGGAUUACGCCCACGCAGCCGUCACUCAGUAUAUAUCCGAGAGGAGCGGAAUGCAGGUCGUUGUCGCCGAUCGAGAGGGUCCAAAGGUGAACGGUUAUUUCACCCUAGCAACCGAAAUUUUCGACGAUUCCGGGGCACCUCACACUCUUGAGCACCUUGUCUUUAUGGGUUCGAAGAGCUAUCACUACAAGGGCUUAUUAGACAAGCUCGCUUCUAGGGCCUAUGGAUCUACCAAUGCCUGGACGGCCACCGACCAUACUGCCUACAUCCUCGAGACGGCCGGAUGGCAGGGAUUCGCCCAGAUCCUACCCGUCUAUCUCGAGCACCUCGUCGUUCCCACUUUGACGGACGCGGCUUGUCUGACCGAGGUGCAUCACAUCAACGGCGAGGGUAACGACGCCGGUGUGGUCUACUCGGAAAUGCAAGGGGUCCAGUACACCAGCUCGGAACUCAUGGACCUCAAAGCACGACGCCUUCUCUAUCCUGAAAAUGUCGGUUUCCGAUACGAGACGGGCGGUAUGAUGGAAGCCCUGCGAGUCUUAACUCCGGAGAAGAUACGAAGCUUCCAUAGGACCAUGUAUCAACCACGGAACAUGUGCGUGAUUAUCGUCGGCGAGGUCGACCACGAGAAUCUUCUUAGUAUCUUGGGCGCGUUCGAAGAAAGCGUCAAGGACGAUAUUCCUCCUUUAAAUGCGUCUUUCCGGCGGCCGUGGGUAGAAUCCGCACAACCGCCCGCACUCAAGGAGACGAUCAUCAGUACCGUCGAAUUUCCUGAAGAAGACGAGUCCAGUGGGGAUGUGAUAAUAGGAUUUUUCGGGCCCAACUGCAUCGAUGUCCUCGAAGCAACAGCCUUGAAUGUUCUGUUGACGUACCUGUGCGGAUCCUCAGUCGCUGUGUUGGAGAACGUCAUGGUAGAAAAGGAGGAGCUUGCUAGUUCAAUCUCGUACUGGUGGGACGCCAGGCCAAAUAGUGUCAUCUGGCUUCAACCAACCAGCGUCGCUACCGAAAAGUUAGCGUUCGUCGAAAAACGCCUAAUCUCCUUGCUCAAGGAGGUUGCCUCUAAACCACUCGAUAUGACCUACAUGAAUGAGUGUAUCCGGAGGGAGCGGCGGCAGGUGAAGGCCGAGGCAGAAGAGUCCGGGUCAUUCUUUUCGAGCAACAUUAUCACGGAUUUCCUGUUUGGCAACCGAGAUGGAUCGACUCUCAAAGACCUCGAUAACCUCCGAGAGUACGACGCGUUGGAGAAAUGGACGGAUGAACAGUGGCGCGCUUUUCUCAGGAAGUGGAUUUCAGAUGCUCACCACGUCUCUAUCCUCGGCAACCCAUCUCUACAAUUGGCUGAAAAGUUAAAACGAGACGAAGAGGAGAGGAUAAGAAAGAGGAAGCAAGAACUGGGUACCGAAGGGCUGAAUAAGUUGGCUCAGGAACUUGAGGAUGCCAAACGGCAAAACGAAGUCGAGAUUCCAGCCUCGUUGCUGGAGAAGUGGCAGGUUCCCCCAGUUGAAUCGAUCCAUUUCAUAAAUGCGCAGACUGCGCGAUCAGGCAAAGCUCGAAGCCUAGGCGUCCAGGAGAAUCCAGCACAGAAAGUCAUUGACGAGGCCUCGCCUGGGAUUCCCCUGUUUGUGCAAUUCGAAGACGUGAAGACCAACUUUGUGCAUAUCACAGUUCACGUUGGCACUUCGAAGGUGCCUACCGCAUACAAGCCCUUGUUGUCAUUAUUUAGCGACAACUUUUUUAACACCCCUAUCCAACGCAACGGUAAACAGAUCCCGUUCGAGCAAGUGGUCAUGGAGCUUGAGAGGGAUACCGUGAGAUAUGUCCUCGAAGGAGGUAGCCGAUUCAGCGACACGGAGAGUUUUCUGAUUCGUCUGCAAGUCGAGCCAGACAAAUAUGCUACCGCGGUUGAGUGGAUUCGCACGAUGAUGUUCGACAGCAUCUUCGACGUCACCCGUUUGAAAGCUGGCGUCGCCAAACAGCUCGCAGACGUUCCGGAGGCAAAGCGUGAUGGCAGAGUUAUGGCCAACGAAAUUGAGAUGGCCAUCCACAACGAGCCGUCGUCUUUGCUCGUUGCAAAACGCACUCUCGUUAAAGCCGUAUAUCUCCGUCGACUUAAGAAACUCCUCGAGACAGACCCAGAUACAGUAUUGACACAAUUCGAGGAACUUAGGAAGCUCCUCUUUACCUUCGAUAAUAUGCGCGUCCUUGUCACAGCUGAUAUCUCAAAUUCGAAGCUGCUAGAUCCCGUAAAGACCUGGGAUAUCAUUUCCAAGUCGCUCGACACGAGCGUCGAGAACAUCAAUCCCAUCGUCAAACCGUGCACUCUCCUCAACGACGAAGGUCGUAACCCUGGCUCCAUUGGCGCAACUAUUGUUCCGAUGAGGGCAAUCGAUAGCUCCUAUGCUGUCAGCUCAGCGAGGGGUCUUACCUCAUAUUCGGACCCAGCAAUACCUGCACUUCUUGUUGCAAUGCAAUAUCUCGAGACAGUCGAAGGAACGCUAUGGAACGCCGUCCGUGGCAACGGCCUGGCUUACGGUGUGCAUUUCGCCAAAGAGCUAGACGGGGGCUACCUACAUUUCAAGGUAUACCGAUCCCCGCUAGCGUCGAAGGCGAUAGCUGCUGCGCGCGACGCCAUCGCAGCUCUAGUCAAUGGGACUGUCGCAUUUGAGCAGCCAAUGAUUGAGGGCGCAAUCAGCCAGCUAGUGAUGGGCCUAGCAGAUGAACAAGCCUCCAUGGCCACAGCAGCCUUGCAAGACUACAUUGUCGGUGUUGUGAGGGGACUCGAACCCGACUACGAUAUCAAAAUGCUGGCCAAGGUCAGGACGGUGACCGUCGACGACAUCAAAGAGGCCAUGAAGACGUGGUUGCUGCCCCUAUUCGAACCGGGGAAGAGCAAUAUAGUUGUGUGUUGCUCACAUGCAAUGGUCGAGAAACUCGAGGAGGGACUCCAAACUAUGGGCUACAGAACCCAGGUGAAGCAGCUAUCCGACUUCCACGACGAUUACGGUCUACAGGCCCCCGAGGGCGAGGAGGAUGGCGAUGGUGACGAAGAAGAUUCGGAAGACGGAUCUGAAGGCUCGGAAGGCUCGGAAGAUCCUGACGACGAUGACGAUUAGACCUGUUUCGUGUCCUAGUGGAACCAGCGGGGACCUAAGUUUACUUUCUUAAAUUAUACUGGCAGUGAUUUUAUAAAAGGGCCGGGGUCGGAAUUUAGACGACGAGACACGAAAUUCAUCGGUUCUUGCCGAAGGCAUUACACCUACAACAUAGCACAUCCUCGCCUCGGAUACGCGCCGAGCGAUAGGGCUGAACCUAAGUUUAACCCUCUGCGGCCAGGCAAUGAUCGUUCAUAGACUUCGAGCCGACAUGACCGGUCUGCAUAGACGGCAUAUUGCGAAUAUUUCUCAGACCAUGUGAAGCAUGCCCUGCAUGCUCUCCAUGUCGACACCAGCCAAUCACUCGUCACCCGGAGAGUUUCGGGGCAUAAAUUUCG